CGCCGCCGCCGCUCAGUUGGCGACAUGGCCCGGCCGCCGGCGCCCCUGCUGCUGCUGCUGCCCGUCCUCCUCGCCGGGCUCCUCUGGUGUCCCGGAGCCAUGGCCAGCUACCCGCCCAACUGCGAGAAGUAUGGGAACCAUAUGUGUCCAAGGGACUACCAUCCAGUUUGUGGCACUGAUGGAGAGACCUACGGAAACGAGUGUGUGCUCUGCCUUGCUAACAGGGAAGAACAUACACAUGUACAAAUUCUCCAAAAGGGACAUUGCUGAUGUGACAGAUGGCCACUUUUCAAGAAAAUAAGAGGGUCACAGACAACCCAAAUGGAAACAUUGCUUUAACUGUACCUUCUGUGUAGCCUGUCUUAAUAAACAAAUUUGCAUAUUUAAAGUA